AUAUUUUUCUUUUCCGCUUAGGGCGAAUCCCUACUCUCCUCCCAUUCAAUACUCUCAUCGCCGCUCAAGUCGUUGCCGGCGAUUCUCCUUUUCCCCAUAGUUCGCCGAUUAUUUGAACCUGUACUGCUCCGGAAAAACUUUCCGCCCAAUCAUCCCUUACCAGGGCAGUUGAGAGAAUGGCAGAGGGAGAUGAGGACUUGCCAAGGGAUGCAAAGAUUGUGAAAUCACUGCUGAAAUCAAUGGGUGUUGAUGACUAUGAGCCUCGAGUUAUACACCAGUUUCUGGAGCUGUGGUAUCGGUAUGUUGUGGAUGUUUUGACUGAUGCCCAGGUAUAUUCAGAGCAUGCCAGUAAGCCUGCAAUUGACUGUGAUGAUGUGAAGCUUGCAAUUCAGUCUAAAGUCAACUUCAGCUUCUCUCAGCCCCCAGCAAGAGAGGUCCUUCUAGAGUUGGCUAGAAACAGGAACAAGAUCCCACUGCCAAAAUCAAUUGCAGGGCCUGGAAUCCCUCUCCCACCUGAACAGGACACAUUGAUCAGCCCGAACUACCAACUAGCUAUCCCAAAGAAGAGAACAGCCCAAGCAGUGGAAGAAACAGAAGAAGACGAAGAAGGUGCUGAUCCCUCCCACGCUUCCCAGGAGGGAAGGACAGAUUUGCCUCAGCACACUCCUCAAAGGGUAUCAUUUCCUAUUGGAGCUAAACGCCCAAGGUGAAAAUCUAUCAUGUUGGAUGUUUAGGAGAUCUAUCCAAUGUUUAGGAAUUCUUCUCAUCGAGGUAUUGUUACCUUAAAUUGUAGUAGGAAUUGGGUGGAAAGAUCUAUAUUACUUUCAAAAUCAUAAGAAUAUUCAAUAAUUGGUGUAAUUUGUUUUGUCUUUAAUGGAAUAUGCUUAUGACUUUUAACCUUUAA